UUUGUCAUCCUGCUCAUGGCGGUGUACUGGUGCACAGAGACCCUGCCCCUCUCGGUGACGGCCCUGCUGCCCAUCAUCCUCUUCCCCUUCUUGGGUAUCCUGCCAUCCAGCAUAGUCUGCCCCCAGUACUUCCUGGACACCAACUUCCUCUUCCUCAGUGGUCUGAUCAUGGCCAGCGCCAUCGAGGAGUGGAACCUGCACCGGAGGAUCGCCCUCAAGGUCCUGAUGCUCGUUGGGGUCCAGCCGGCCUGGCUCAUCCUGGGGAUGAUGGUAACCACCUCCUUCCUGUCCAUGUGGCUGAGCAACACUGCCUCCACCGCCAUGAUGCUGCCCAUCGCCAGCGCCAUCCUGAAGAGUCUCUUUGGCCAGAAGGAGCCUCAGAAGGACCUCAGCUGGGAAAGUGAGGAGAAUACAGCUGCUGUGCCGACAAAAAGCCUGCACACUGUGCCCAUGGAGAUACAAUUUCUUGCCAGCACAGGAGACAAAGACUGCCCUGAGGAGGCGGAGGCUUCGUGCUCCAAGAAGGAGGAGGAAUAUCGCAGAAACGUCUGGAAGGGUUUCCUCAUCUCCAUCCCCUACUCAGCCAGCAUCGGAGGCACUGCUACCCUCACGGGCACUGCCCCCAACCUCAUCCUGCUUGGCCAGCUCAAAAGUUUCUUCCCGCAGUGCGACGUGGUGAAUUUUGGCUCCUGGUUCAUUUUCGCCUUCCCUCUCAUGCUGCUGUUCCUGUUGGUGGGAUGGCUCUGGAUCUCCUUCCUGUAUGGGGGAAUGACCCUGAGGGGCUGGAGGAAGAAGAGAUCUGAGAUCAGAGUGGAUGCAGAAAAUCGGGCUCGAGCUGUGAUUCGGGAGGAAUUCCAGAACCUGGGGCCCAUCAAGUUUGCCGAACAGGCCGUUUUCAUCCUUUUCUGCAUGUUCGCCAUUCUCCUCUUCUCCCGGGACCCGAAGUUCAUCCCUGGUUGGACCAACUACUUCCACCCUGGGUUUCUUUCUGAUGCUGUCACCGGUGUGGCCAUUGUCACCAUCUUGUUCUUCUUCCCAUCCCAAAAGCCCUCCCUCAAGUGGUGGUUUGACUUUAAAGCUCCCAACACAGAGACAGAGCCCCUGCUGACUUGGAAGAAGGCCCAGGACUCGGUGCCCUGGAACAUCAUGCUUCUCCUGGGCGGGGGCUUCGCCAUGGCCAAAGGCUGUGAGGUAUCGGGGCUGUCUGUGUGGAUCAGUAACCAGCUGCACCCCCUGGAGAACAUGCCACCCGCCCUGGCCGUGCUGCUCAUCACUGUAGUUGUCGCCUUCUUCACCGAGUUUGCCAGCAACACAGCCACCAUCAUCAUCUUCCUGCCCGUCCUGGCAGAGCUGGCCAUCCGCCUCAGAGUGCACCCCCUGUACCUGAUGAUUCCUGGCACCGUUGGCUGCUCCUACGCCUUCAUGCUCCCAGUCUCAACGCCCCCCAACUCAAUCGCCUUCGCCUCUGGACACUUGCUGGUCAAAGACAUGGUGCGGACAGGCUUCCUGAUGAACCUGAUGGGCGUCCUCCUGCUCAACUUGGCCAUAAAUACUUGGGCACAGACCAUCUUCCAGCUGGGCACUUUCCCGGACUGGGCCCACAACCACUCGGCCACUGUCACGGAGCUAUCAUCUGCCUUGGUCAACAACUCAUUUCAGGCCCUCUGAGUCCUUCCUGGAGAUUCUCUUUGGGCUGGGCCCUCCCAGAAGGCUUCUGCCAUCACCUGCUGCUCGGGUCAUACCGUUCCUCUCGGUGAUCCUGUAUGCAGCAAAUGAGGGUGACCUCCAAGGGUCCACUCGGGCCAGCAGGUUCAUUAUCCAGGACACCUUCUCCUCUCUCAUGCAUUUCAGGGCCCAGAUAUUUCCCAGAUCUGCUGCCUGAGAGAAAGCUCCUUUAUCUCUGAGCUGAUAUAUGGUUAGGAUGCAAGAGAGCCCAAUUUCAGCAAUAACAAGCAAACCUAGAAUGGCUUUUGUCUUGAACAGUCGGGAUGGGAAGCCAUCCAUCCCCAUGGGCAUAGCUAACCUUCCCCACUGACUAAGUUUCACUCUGGAGAGACCGUCUUGCCUUUAGGGGUCACCUCCCUUGGUGUUCCAGCUGUUCCAGCUGUUCACAGCCGCAUGUGGCCCACGGAGACUCCGUGUCGCUGGCUACUUCCUGUUUAGCAGCUGGUCUUUACCUACCAGCUGCCCCACGUGGUCAGCAUGUUUGAUUAGCAAAGGCCACGUUUUUCAGGGGUGAGAGAAAAGUCAAAAGAUAAAUGGGAACCUUGUAAAAGGCUGGGAUGAAAUAUCUCAGGCAGGCAAAGCGUCGUAUUCUUCUUCUACUGAGACUUCCCUUAAGCCAGUGGCUGGUGGGGGCCUCUAGGGGAUUCGCUCGCUCUUGGUUUCAGGCAGAAGCAUCUGGACAUCCCCAGUGCACAGCACAGUAUUGGGCCCGGUGGAUGCUCAGGAAGUGUCUGUGGAACAAGUUGGCCCAGCGUUAGCAUGGCACUGGAAAAGGUGCCACCUGAGGGGCCGGAAGCCUCACAUCGCCCCUUCCUGUGCCUCUGAGGGAUGCUGUUCCCCAGCCAUGUGGGCAGGAUAGCACGAGUGAG